ACUCCCACUUUCACAUCCCUGUGCCUGAUUUGAAGUGACAGUGAGCGGAAGCAUAAGGUAUCUCUCAUUCUGUUUGGACUCCUUGUUUACAGAAGAGUGAUGGAGAUGCUAUUAAGCACAAAAGGCAUCACCAUAUGCCUGUUUUUCUUUGUAUUGAGUUUGGCAGCAGCUAUUGAAAUACCAUUAUCAGUUUCCCAGCUUCCAACAAUCACGGAGCAAUCCCACACCCAGGUUGCCUACCCCUUUGAUGAGGACUUCACCAUCAAAUGUGAAGCCAGAGGAAACCCCCAGCCCACCUUUAACUGGACUAAGGAUGGAAAACCAUUUGAUUUAUCAUCUGACCCAAGGAUAGUUACAUCUAACAACUCUGGAACUUUUGUGAUCCAAAACCGGGGAAUCAUCAACAAUUUCCAGGGGAAAUAUCGCUGCUUUGCAUCCAACAUGCUGGGAACUGCCAUGUCAGAAGAAAUUGAGCUGAUUGUUCCAAGUGUGCCAAAAUUCCCAAAAGAAAAAAUCGAGCCUCUGGAUGUGGAGCACGGAGAUUCUGUGAUCCUGCACUGCAACCCCCCAAAAGGCAUCCCCCCUUUGCAUAUCUACUGGAUGAAUAUUGAUCUGCAGCACAUCCCACAGGAUGAGAGGGUCUCCAUGAGCCUGAAGGGAGAUCUCUACUUUGCCAACGUGGAGGAAAGUGACAGCAGGAGUGACUAUUGCUGCUUUGCAGCCUUCCCGAGGCUCAGGACCAUCGUGCAGAAGAUGCCGAUGACACUGAAGGUUUCCCGCUUAAAGCAUGCUAAUGACUCAGGCUCACCUAACGCUGCUGUUACUAAGGCAAAUUUUAUCAAGGAAAGGAAACCCAAACUGCUGAUCCCUCCUGAAUCUGCUGGCAGUAGCUCAUCAGUCACUGUCAUCAAGGGAGGUGUCCUGCUCCUGGAGUGUAUUGCUGAAGGGCUCCCAACUCCUCAUCUCAGCUGGGUGAAGGUCAUGGGAAACAUUCCCAAGGAUGAGCCAGAGACAGAGAAUUUUGGGAAGACCCUGAAGAUUGACCAGGUGACAGCAGCUGAUGAGGGGACGUACCAGUGCACGGCCAGCAACCCCAUGGGCAGCGCCAGUCACAAGUUCCAUGUGCAUGUGGAAGAGCCUCCCCAGUGGCUGAAGAAGCCCGAAGGUGGUGUCUACAGCGUGGGGACAAACCUGGUGCUGCUGUGCGAGGCCAUCGGGAACCCCGAGCCCAGCAUCCAGUGGAAGCUCAAUGGGAUGCCCAUCGAUGGCAGGACCUUCCGAGGGAGAAUCUCCACCAGGGAGAUCAGCCUGACCAACCUGCAGCUGCAGGACAGCGCCGUGUUCCAGUGCGAGGCCACCAACAAGCACGGCACCAUCCUGGCCAGCGCCAACAUCAACAUCCUCAAUAUUGCCCCCCUGAUACUGACCCCAGAUGAGGAAAACUACGCCACAGUCGUGGGUUACAGCGCCUUCCUGCACUGUGACAUCUUUGCCUCACCUGCAGCAGAUGUCAGAUGGACUAAGGAUGACAGCAUAGAGCCCCUUUCAACGUUUCGUUACGAGCUGAACAAGAACGGCACCCUGGAGAUCAGGGACACCAAGAAGGAGGAUUCGGGAUCCUACGCCUGCUGGGCUGCAAAUUCCGUGGGGAAAAGAGCAAUCACUGCUAAUCUGGAUAUAAGGGAUGCUACAAAACUUGUUGUUACUCCAAAGAGCCCCCGAGUGCUGAAAUCACAUUCCAUUUUAUUGAAAUGUCAGGCUGAGUAUGAUUCCCACUUGAAACACAGUUUUAAAUUAUCCUGGAGGAAGGAUGGAGAUGAGCUGCCAGUCAACAGCACGGAAGGUGGCAGGAUAAUUCUGGACAGGGAUACCCUGUUCAUAUCCAAUGUGCUCCUGGAGGAUCAGGGAGUUUACACAUGUGUGGCCAGCACUGCCCUGGACGCCGCCGAGGCCGAGGCACAGCUGAUCGUUCUGGAUGUUCCUGACCCACCAGAAGACCUCCAGCUGUCGGAAAACCAAAACCGGAGCGUUCGGCUCUCCUGGAAAGCUGGGGCCAGCCAUAACAGCCCUGUUAAUGAAUCAAUUAUAGAGUUUGAAGAGAACCGCUGGGAGCCGGGGAGGUGGCAGGAGCUCAGCAGAGUGCCAGGGAAUGACACCACAGCCCUGCUGUCCCUGGCCCCAUAUGUGAAUUACCAGUUCCGUGUGGUGUCCGUCAAUGCCGUGGGCAGGAGCCAGCCCAGCAAACCAUCCCUGCGCUAUGCCACCCCUCCAGCUGCUCCAGAUAAAAACCCAGAGAACAUCCGAGUUGAAGCCUCUGAACCCAAUGAAAUGGUGAUGAAAUGGGAGCCACUGAAGCCCGUGGAGAGGAACGGGCCGGGGCUGGAGUACAAAGUCAGCUGGAGGCAGCGGGGUGUGGAGACCGACUGGAACGAGGAGCUGGUGAAGAAACACUCCCUGAGCGUGCGGAACGUGCCCACCUUCGUGCCUUACGAGAUCAAAGUCCAGGCAGUGAAUAAUUUAGGAUCUGGCCCCGAACCAAAUGUCACCAUUGGAUAUUCAGGAGAGGACGUUCCAGAUGCUGCUCCUUCGGGCGUGUCGGUGGAGGUUGUGAACAGCACCCUGGUGAAAGUCUUCUGGUUUGGGAUACCAAGGGACAGAGUUCGUGGGCACUUAAAAGGCUACAAGGUCAACUGGUGGAAAACAAAAAACAUGCUGGAUGGAAAGAGGCAUCACCCAGAGAAACACUUCCUGACGUUUGUAGGAGACAGGAACUAUGGGAUGAUUCCUGGCCUGGAGCCCUUCAGUGAAUUCCGCUUGACAGUUUUGGCUUUCAACUCCAGAGGAGAUGGCCCUGAGAGCUCCCCUGUGGUGUUUGAAACUCCAGAAGGAGUCCCUGAACAACCACGUUUCCUCCGGAUCCUGAACUUUGACAAGGACUCGGUCACUCUGUCCUGGGGGCUUCCCAAGAAAGCCAAUGGCCACCUCACAGGCUACGUCCUACAGUACCAGAUAAUCAACGAGACGCACGAGGUGGGCGCCGUGAGCGAGGUGAGCGUCACCAACCGCUCCGUUCUGAGCUGGCGCCUGGCGGGGCUCAGCCCCAGCACCAAGUACAAGUUCUACAUCAAAGCCUGCACGGCCAAGGGCUGCGGGAAGGCGGCCACCGAGGAGGGGCUGACGCUGGCCCAAGGCACCUACGCUGGCAUUUACGAGGGGAUUUCCACCCAGGGCUGGUUCAUUGGGCUGAUGUGCGCCAUCGCCUUGCUCACCCUGCUGCUGCUAACGAUCUGCUUUGUCAGAAGAAAUAAAGGAGGCAAAUAUUCAGUGAAAGAGAAAGAAGAUUUGCAUCCAGAUCCCGAAGCUCAAUCAAUAAAAGAUGAAAUCUUUGGGGAAUAUAGUGACAGCGAUGAAAAGCCGCUGAAAGGCAGCCUCCAGUCACUUAACGGGGACAUUAAAGCCACUGGAAGUGCUGAUAGUCUGGUAGAUUAUGGAGAAGGGGAGCAUGGCAUGUUCAAUGAAGAUGGUUCAUUUAUUGGAGCUUAUUCUGGAUCUAAGGAAAAAGGAUCCGUGGAAAGCACUGGGAGUUCUACGGCAACUUUUCCUCUCCACGCCUAAAACGAUUGGUGUUUAAUUGUGAUAUUUAUCCCGGCUAGCUCUCCACAGCUCCCGUGUGUGCUCGGGAGCAGGGGGCCAGUUGAGCCAGUCAGGAAAAUCCUGGCGUCCAGGUAAUACAAAAACGAGUCACUGCCACUAAAAGAUGAUUUUUCCAUCCUAAUUUCUAUAUGUUUCCUUCUCAAUAAAUCAGAAUAAUUCUUUAUUCUACCUGAUGUGUUAGUCUGAGCAAACCAGAGUUUCUCGGUGGUACAUCUGUAUCCUUACCCGCUGCUCCAGGUGUUUCUUAGGCUUGGAAUAUGUUUCUCUGUGUAGUAUUUUUGCCCUGUUCUCACAGGUGUAUGUGUAAAAUUCCCUCAUGGCCUCUGUUAUAAUCUCAAGGUUAUGGCACCAGCUAAAACAGCUCACUCUGCAAAGUGACACAAAGAGGAAAAUCAGAAUUUAAAAUACCAGAGAAAUAUAUUCUAUAUAUGGUAUAAUUUUUCCUAAAGAAUUAAACCCUUUUAUGUAUGAUAUUAAAAAAAAAACUGUUUUAGUGGUUACAGCUGACUUCAGCUACCAACACUUAGAAAUGCAGCUUUACCCACAGGAGAGUGUGGGUGAAGCUGCUGCCCAGUAGCUGGCACUAUUUCCUUAAAUAAGCUGCAGCUCUUUCCUGUGGCAAGGCAAAACAGGGUUCCCAUCCACCAUCAGUCGAAAUAUUUUUAAUUUUUCCCAGCUGCAAGCUGCAUUUCUAAGCAAACUCCUUGGUGUCUGUCUCAUAUCUGUAUAUUUGUGAGCUAGCCAACAUUUCAUGGAGACGUUGUACAUAUGAUAUUAAUAUUGAUACAAGUCCAGAGCAGCCUGGUUUUAUUUUGAUCUGAGACAUGUUGCUAGCAUGGGUCUGUAUAGCUGUGUAGGAAUGAGUAGAAUUGCUUCUCAAUAUGGAUUUGGACCAGCAAAAUUAGUUUUCAGAAGGAGUUGUGUGUAUAGGAACCAUCCAAACCUCACACCAUUUAAACAUCACCUAAACUAGACCUACCUGACUUUCAAGAGUUCAUUUCUUUUCAGCCUAUUCACUGUUAAAUAAACAAGAACAAAAAGCAAAGAGAAAAUAUUAUGGUAGAGUUUGUUUUCCUAUUUUGUUGACUGAAUGCUGGUUUAAAUCUGGUUCUUUGCCUCCCCAGCACUAACUCAGCCGAGCUGUACAGCACAUUUUUUUGGUCUUUUUGUAUUGGAAUCUCCUGAAUCUCUUUUUAAUGGCAUUUGCAUUCUUGAAUCUGCUUGUUUGAGUAGAGCAUCAACGUGGCUUCAUUUCUUCUGUCACUCCCAUUAGGAAAGUUUUUAAGUAGUUCCUGCAGGAGAAAUAGAUCCUAAAAGCUGUUUGGCAUCCUGCUAGCAAUUAGGCAAAUAUCCCCAAAUGGCUCCUCCAUGAUUUCAAUGGAAGAAAGAGGGGAAGCAAGAAUUACUCAGCUGGUUCUGAGUUUCCAGCAAGGGCCACGAUUAAGCCCAAGGAAAUGCAGAUUUUUUUUUUCCCAGUGGAAAGGCAAUGGAUCCCCCACAGCUCCCCCCAGGCUGGGGCUGCUCCUCAGAGCUUGGCAGCUUCGGGAAGCCUUUGGUGCUCAAGCUUCUGCUUUCCUGUGCCUCUUUUUGGGUUUUUGAUUGGAGCUUUUAAGGACUUUUUAUGUAACCUCUGUUUGGGAAAAGCAAACUCCAAAAGCCCCGUUCAGGCUAUGCCUGUGAGUGUAAAAUGGUGAGUGGAAAUCUGCCCUCAAUCAAGAAUUAUCCCAUCCCAUAUCAGUGACCCACAUUAUUCACUUCUUAUUAUUUAUAAAGUUCUAUUUUCUCUAUUUCACUCAAUCCAAACACCAAAAAGUCCAAAAGCCUUUUCAUUUUGGGGGGGGAAAGUAAUUUUCCGAAGAAGGGAGUGUACAAUUAGAGAAAUGUGAAAAUUGGCAUCUCAGCAACAGAGACAUUUCCCAGCAGCAUCUUUAACUGCUGACUCGUGUCUGCUGCAGCCCAAACCAGAUAAAAUCUAAGAACUGAUUAGCCUUGUGACAACCUGCUGCUUGCUUUGGGCUGGUUUUAAAGCAUUUCCUUAGGGAAUCAUCUGCAGUGAUCGAAGGUCUUUGAAAAUUAGGGAAUAAAAUUGGGGUGGGCUCCCCCAACUCCUCACUUUGGGCUGGGGGGAGGCUGUGCCUGCACACAUCACAUUUUCCUCUGGGUCACUGCAGAUAAACCAGACCCCUCACCCCAGAAAAUGCCUCUGUUUUAGAGAAAUGUUCCAUUUGUCUGUGAAGUUUCAGCCAUAUUAAUGGGUGCCAAAUGAUGCAGUCGUGGAUUUCAAUCCCCGUGCAGCUCUGGCUCUGCUGCUGCUGCUAAGAGGUGUUUGUGAUGUGCUGCUCAGCCGGGCUGGUGGCACUGCUUUGUCCACUCAGAUUUCAAUUCACAGCCUUAAAUCUUCAUCUUGGUGUUUCCAUGAUGCCUCAGGACCUAAAAAUCAAACAGGGAGGGAAAGAUGUGCAAUGGAACCUGGGUUUUUGAACUCGGGUUUUGCGGAAUACGCCCAAUGAAUAUUAAACAAGUGGCUCAAACUCCCAGGAAAUCUCACUCACCUGAGCUGUUUUCUCUGCCCCAAUCAUUUAUUUUCCUUUUUUUUCCCCUGCAUUGGGGUUUUAUUUCCUGCUGUAAAGGUACUUGGAAAGUGCAGGGCAUUGAUGGUUUUUUGGAGAUUGGCUUUCAAAAGUAAAUUAACAGAGCAAGCUGAGAUUUGUUGAGGAGUUUUUUGUCAUUGCAAGGAGCUGGGCUGUGUUUUUGUCUUGGUGUGAGACAGGUGAGAGGAAGUGUGAGCAUGUAGCUCAAUAAAAGUAUCACCAACUGCACUGCAGUUUAUGGAACUUCCUGAGUUGGAAAGGAUCCACAAAGUCAUCAAAGCCCAUCCAAAAAUCACUCCCUAUUCUGAAACAGUGCAUUGAGUAUUAAAUCUCUGAGUUGCUUUGUUUGGGACUUUUUUUGAUUUUUUUUGUUUUCUUUCCCUCCGGCCAGGGGAGUUUAUUAAAGUUAGCUGUCAGAAAUAAAUUUCUUUCAAAUUAAAUUUAAAAUUAUUCAAAUUUAAAUUUCUUCAAAUUAAUCAACACCUAGCAGGGAAUUCCAGCCUGCCUGCUUGGAGGAGGGAGUCCAGCCAUGGGAGCAGAACAGGGAAUUAUUAUUUAUCCAAUGCCAUGGCUGUGGUUGGGUUCCAUUUGCUUGUGACACAUUUUGCCUCAGUACAAGUGUGAAAUGGCACUCUCAGAUUUGAUAUCCAAGUUGAGCCAGGAUGUAAUUUCAACCCUCAAGGCAUUUCCCUGGCCCCAGGGAUCCAGGUUUGGGGAUUUAAGCAGCUUCUGGAAGAAGAGAGGGAUGGGUCUUGCUGAAAAAGUUGUGCAGUUUGGACUGUGCAUAAGAUUACAAGAUUAUAAGAUAAACAAA